AUGUCGGACACACCCAGGGAGCAUACCAAACCAAGUUUUUCAGGUGCAGUGCCUCCAAUCCAAGUGCCAGUGGCCCCGUGGGCCAGUGACACCAAGGUCAAUUCCUUGAAAGCAAAGGACGUGCCUGAGUUUAUGGGCAAAAGAAACCAAGACGUUGAAGAAUGGCUUAACAAAGUCCAACUUCUUCAAAAUGUUAGCGCAACAUCAGAUGCCAGGAUGGUACAGCUCCUACCAGCCAUGAUAGCUGAGAAAACCCCUGCCAAUGCCUGGUUUUACACUCUGGAAGCCCAGGAAACUCGCUCGUGGACCUGGAAAAGCGGUGCUGCAGAAGCUCAGAAGAAGUCACAAAAGACCAGAACUGACAGAGGCCCUAAGCAGAUGGCUCAACAUAAAACCGGAAACCCCAAAAAGGGUCGCAAUGGUCCUCAGAAGAUGGUUCCGGACCCCAACAAGGAACCCCCGGCACCCUGCAAAUUCUGUCAGAAAAGGCAUUGGAAUGUUUUCUGCUGGCAGAACCCGAACCGAAAAGAUCCUGAAGAUGGAAAGAAAGGACCAUAUGGAGCACCCAUGCCCGCAGGUUGGAAACCCAAACAGGAGUCCAAGAAGUCUUACAUAGUGGAGCUGGACUUGACAUCCACUACCACCAAGACUCUUUUUUCAGCUUCGGAACUGGAAAGGACAGCCGCCGCUAAUCAAGGAUUCCACACCAUUGGAUUCUUUCAUUCACCCAAGCACUCGGAAUCAACAAUUUUGAUGACUGCACCUCUUUCUGAGGUCAUGGAGACUAAGGAAGAGGACCCCUGCACACCCACGCAGGGCUGGGACCGAGUCUGGGACAACAUAGCCAUCAUCUGGGGCACCCCGCAAGUGGCUCUGAUGAUGGGCAACAACCCCCGCACACUCAGCUUCUUCGCCAAAGAACCAAAGCAAGGCACCGGGCACCUCGGGAACAACCCCUACACAGUCGCAUGGAGUUCCCACCACCUCUACAUCACUGCCACAGCUGAAGCUGACAAGGAUCAAAUCCUGCGAAAGGUCCGAGAAGAUGGUACCCCUCGUUUGAUCCUCCUUGCCUGGAUAAGGCUUGAUGAGCAUGAGAAAUUCUUGAUGUGGAGCUCUGAAGAUCCUGUUAUCUUUGAUUCUUAUGCCAACCUGCAACUGGUGGCAUUUCUCCUGACAGGCAAUAUCGUUCACUCAGACUAUUAUUAUCAUUGCGGAAACCCCAAAUUUCUGCACAUUAAAGACCAUCCACAUCUCCAAAGACACAAAGAGAGCGAACGGAUGCAUAUAGUCAUGCUGGCUAUUGAACAAGUUGCUCGCCAGAAUAAAACAACAAAACCACAAAAUGACAAAUCUAGAGAGCACUUUGAGAGUGUGAUCAAGGCUAUGGAAGCAACAAUUAACGACAUCGUGCCCCAUUUCGAGGUCGCGGUGCCUUCCAUCAAUGCCUUCUACUCAGUAGAUUUAGGCAAUGUACUCAAAAGCGAGACCAAGACCCAAACACAGCCUUGCUGGACGCUAGGCAUCAUCGCUCAGCUCUGGGCACCUGUGGUACUAGACACAGGAGCCUGCAAGUCUCUGGUUUCCGACAUGUACCAGGGCCUUCUGUUCUCUGAAACCAAUUUGCAGGAUGCGGAAAUGAUGGCUUUCAAUGGCAUUGGUGGAUGUAUCUCAUCUACCAAGACAGUAUGCCUCGAAACUUCCCUCAGAGGCCACAGAGGAGAAUACCCGACUUUCUGCACCUAUUUCCGAGUCAUUGCAUACAGGAAACCUCUCAUCAUCCUAGCCAAUGAUGUGGUAGUGCAUGCCUGUGGUAUAUACCACAGGCAUGCACUACCACAGUGCCCAUAG